UUGUGCAGUGUGGCAGUUUUUGGACCGGGUGGCAGCCUUUUACAGUGUGGAAGGACAGACAGAAUUUCUGUCUUCUUUUUCCCGGCAAACAAAAAGAAAACUGAUAAACGAAACGCAAGAGUGGAAAAUAGCAGAGACAUGAUGAGUUUUCGCAAACGGACCGUGCAAAAGCCAAUCCGUGGCACCCGGACUAGCCCCCAUACUGCCCAGGUGAUAACCUCUAGCGGUAAUCCAUCGCUCGACGAGAUAUUAGGCGGUGGUCUGCCGAUCGGUUCGAUAUGUCUCAUUGAGGAGGAUCGAUUUAUGACGCACGCCAAGGUAUUGGCCAAAUAUUUCUUGGCCGAGGGCGUAUUGUCCAAGCAAGAGAUAUUCCUGGGCAGUCUGGACGAUUUGCCAGCGGAGAUGUUGCGUCGACUGCCAAAGCCACUGACCGAUGAGGAAGUGGAGCUGGAACAGCGUCAGGACCAGCGUGCCAACGAGCAGCCGGCGGAUAAGAAUGGACUGCGUAUUGCCUUUAGGUAUAACGAUUUGCCGCUGGUCAAUUCGGAGCAGACCACGGCCAAAAUAGGUCAUCACUUUAAUCUAAUGGAGCACAUGGACUCCAUGAUGCUCUACUAUACGCAGACCACUCUCUGGGACGACAACUACAAGGAGAAGGACAUUGUCGUACAGGAUGACAAUAUAAGCAACUCUUGCAAUUCGCUGGAACGUGAGGAGACGCUUACCAGUGCGGUGACUGGAGACCAAGUGACUGCGGCAGCUGUUGAGGCCGAUGGCGAAAUCACUGCCAGUAACAACAUCAUCAACAAUAACAACAACAACAACACUGCAGCCACGGACAGCAGCACUGCCAACAAUUCAAUCAGCACCACAACGAUAACACCAUCAACUCUAACAUCGCCGGAAUCGCAGCCAUCCCAGCCGGAAUCACGCUUCUUCCAUAAUCCUCGUUACGGUCGUCUGCUCAAUAAACUGCAGCCGCUGUUGAAGUACGAAAGGUUCGUGCCGGGCAUCAACAGGCAGAAGAACUUAUGCCGCGUUUGCCUCACCUCGCUGGGAUCACCGCUCUGGUAUGACGAUAACUUUGCCACUGACUUGCUCAAGUUUCUGACCGUCCUGCGCGCAAGCGUGCGCAGCUGCACCGCCGUCUGUUUCAUCACGAUGCCCAUGCAUCUGAUAGCCAAAUACGAUACCAGCCUGGUUCCCAAGAUCCGACAAUUGGUGGACUAUGCCAUUGAGCUGGAAUCAUUUGCCGGCUCCGAUCGUGAAACGCAUCCAGCUUUCAAGGAGUAUAGCGGUCUAUUGCAUCUGCACAAAAUGAGCGCACUCAAUACGCUGGCCGUGCACAUGCCGGAGACCACGGAUCUAGCCUUUAAACUUCGCCGAAAGAAGUUUGUCAUUGAGAAGAUGCAUCUGCCACCAGAGCUGCAAGAAACCUCCGAUAAGUCGGCAGCUGCUGAUAUUAUAGCGUCGGCAAAUUGCGGAUCUGGUGUGUCCAUCAAUUCCAAUGUAUCAAUGGAUUUCUAGUGCCUGUCUGGCUCGAUAUUAUGGCCAUUGCCACAAAACAUUUGUUGGUUGUUUCAUUAUUUCCCACAUUCAUACUCUGUCUCCAAAGCUGUUCAAAUGCGUAAUAACAAUAACCAAAUCUUUUUGUCCCAAAUAACACCAACGAUAACAACAUCAUUAAAAAGAACAGGAAUACAAAAAACAUAACACCCACAAAAAAAAGUAAAGUGCUGAAAGCGGAGUUAUUACAAUUACCAAUUAUAUAUACACUAUAUUAUACAUAUAUAUAUAGAGCGAUUUUUUCGGCUUUUAGCCCAAACGCUGUUAGUACAACCGAUUUUACAAUUUUUUCUUAUUUAAAAUAGAUAAUACUUAUAUAAUGUUUAUACCGAAUGCGCAAAUAAUGAGAAAUUUCCAUAUUGUAUGUGUGUAUAUCGAUCGAUUGAUUUAUUUUUUCCAACAUGAAAACGAGAUGCGAGAAAAAUUAUGAUUUUUUAUGUAGUUAUGUAUGUAUUAAACAACAACAAAAAGCCAUUGAAAA